AUGUGGAAGAAGUUUCCGGAGGUGCUCGGUUUGGACAACACGUACAAGACCAACCGCUUUGGGUUACAUCUAUUUCAGGCCACCGGUGUGACAGAUCAGAAGUCUCUGGCCAACUUCGCCUUCGGCCUUAUAAACGGCGAAAAGGAGCACCACUUCCAGUGGUUAUGUGACCGGCUUGACGAGCUUCGCAUCGACAUUGGGGCAGACACGCCGGAGGUGAUCAUCACAGACAAGGAACAGGCUCUCCGCACAGCCCUCACGAACACCUUUCCAAGUGCCCAACGGCAGCUAUGCGUAUAUCACAUCUUGGCCAACGUCCGGGCUAAAAUUAACGCCCGCUGGAAGGACACUGAGGGCGAGGAUCACGACGACAUUACUGUUGAGUCUGAUAAUGACGGAAACGCUCUUUCUGUUGAUCCAAGCGACAAAACUGCCGAGCAGCUCGAGCCAGAGCUAGACCUUGAUGUUGUCGCCCGGGGCCGUGUACAAGACGAGGCAGAGGACGAGCUUGCGAACCCUUCUGAUGACUACAACCGUAAGGGGAUAUUCAAAGUCUUCCAAGCCGUAGUCUAUACCGCUGAUCACGAUGCCUUCAAAGACUCGUGGAAGUCUUUUGCCGAAACCUUCGGCAGGCAGCAACGGCACAUCCUGCGAUAUGUCCAGAAAGAAUAUGUACCGUGGCGCAAGCAGUGGGUGAAAUGCUACAUUGACCGCUAUCGGAACUUCGGUCAAAGGGUCAAUAGCCCUACCGAGACCGCCCAUGCAGACGUAAAGUCUCACCUUGUGACAGGCACGGGAGACCUCCUUUACCUCCACCAAGCCCUUGUCACGAUGAUUGAUAACAAGUCUCGGUCCUAUCGUCAAGAGGCUGCAAGACAGACUCAGCGCAACUUCGAGCACCAGUACGGCCUGCCUGGUAGCCAUCGCAUGCUUGAUUGUCUCGUGAACGGCAUGCCUCUGCGACGGAGCCAGAUUGCUAUGCGUUGGUGGCUCGAGAAGCCGUUGAACGCCGAGGAUAAGCUACUUGAUAUUCGCGACCCGGCUAUUGUCAGAAGCGCACGAGGCAGGCCGCGCCUGAACGCCGACAACAAGAAGCUCAAGGUCCCGCGAUACCUCAAGAUCGCGGAUUACACCUCCAAUCCAGGAAGUGACGCUGACGAUACGGAAGAUGACGAUGCCGAAGCCGAGCCUGUACAACGGAGUCAAGGCAGGCAUCCAGCGCGAGGCCGUGGUCUGAGCCGACAGCCUAGUCAGAAUGCUGGCCGAGGAACGCGCCGAAUGGUGCGGGCCGAGGAACGCGCCGAAUGA